AAAAAUCAAAGUGAUUGGGUGGAGUCGACACGACCUACUUACUGUACAGUCAUAGACUCCAGUGGACUAACUACUCAUUAGUUUAACAUUUUGCGCUUCCCCCUGUCUGGUUUGGACUAUCGAAGGAAUCCCUGAAAAAUAGAGUUCGGAAUGAAAACGACCGAAAACUAGUUUUACACAUCUAUAUCUAUUAUUUUGGACACAUCAACGCCUUGCUACUUGUAACAACACAGCCGCAGCAUGGGGGCACCAGCGACAGCGUACGACGAGAAGAAGGAAACAUGCGGGACCGUCUGUCUGAAGUAUCUCCUAUUCACAUUCAACUUCCUCUUCUGGCUGGCAGGGGGCGUGGUGAUGGCAGUGGGCAUCUGGACGCUGGUGGAGAAGAGCGACUACAUCAGCCUGCUCUCCUCCGCGACCUACGCCGCCUCCGCCUAUAUCCUAAUCCUUGCCGGGGCCAUCGUCAUGGUGACUGGAGUGCUGGGCUGCUGCGCCACCUUCAAGGAGCAGAGGAGGCUGCUGAGAGUGUACUUUGUCUUGCUGCUGUGUAUCUUCCUGCUGGAGAUCCUCGCCGGUGUCCUGGCCUACAUCUAUUACCAACAGCUCAAUGAGGAGCUGAAACAGAACCUGCGGGAGACCAUGGUGCAGAAGUACAGGCAGCCAGAGCAGGAGCAUGUCACCAAAGCAGUGGACAAGCUGCAGCACGAGUUUAAGUGCUGUGGCAGCAACAGCUCAUCGGACUGGGGCGAGAGCGUGUGGAUCCGCACCAGUGAGGCAGAUGGCAGGCUGGUGCCGGAUAGCUGCUGUAAAACCCAGACUCUAAACUGCGGCCGCAGGGACCACCCAUCAAACAUCUACAAGGUGGAGGGGGGUUGUAUCACUAAACUGGAGAACUUCAUUUUGGACCACCUGAAGAUCAUUGGAGCGGUGGGCGUGGGCAUCGCCUGUGUACAGAUUGUGGGGAUGGUGUUUACUUGCUGUCUAUAUCGGAGUUUGAAGGCAGAGCCGUACUGAGAGUAGAACACGAAGAGAAGGAAUGGGGAGGGGUCUAGUCUCUGCCACCCAGUGUCAUCAUAUCCCAGCGACCCCGUUUAGUCAUGGGGUCUACCACUGUGCCAUGCAAACAGAAGAGGACGAUAUGUGUAAGGGUCUAGGAUGCACUUAUGAUAGUGUUUCUCAAUCUAUUCCAUGGGGGGACCAUUUUGGUUCUAGCCUAGCACUAACUCCUCUGAUUCAACAGGGGUUGUAUUGGGCUAGAAUUCCUAGGGGGUCCCAACUUGGAAUGGAUAAUCAGAUUAUUUUCAAGACAUUACAUGCCAUCUGAUCUACAAUGCUCUAUAUUUUGGUAGUCUGCAACAACAGAGCAGUUGGUAUAUACUAGUGUGAUGUAAAGAUCAGUGGACCAAAAUGGCCUGUGCAUCAGAACAGCUUGUCAUAACAUUGUAAUAAUCAUGACUGUGGCUUAAUGUGCAAGAUCUGACCUCUGGGGCCGAUUACCACGGCAACACAUUUUCUUUAUACAUCAAGUAGCUUAUUAUACAUUUACACACGUCUUUUACUCGGUUUCUCUCUCAACUUUUUAAUUGUUGGUUUAUUUAAAAAAAUAUAUGUAUUUAUCUUUUAAUACAAGGGAUUUCUCCACUUAUGCCAAAGUUGUCGUCAACACUGACUUUCUGUAAAAUCGUAUCAAACGGACUACUCCUGCAAGCCUUUUUCAUGUAUACUGAACAAAAAUAUAAAUGCAAUAAUUUCAAACAUUUUUCUGAGUUACAGUUAUCGAUUUCACAUAACUGGGCAGGUGGGUGGCCCUGGGAAGGCAUAGGCCCACCCACUUGUGAGCCAGGCCCAGCCAAUCAGAAUGAGUUUUUCCCCACAAAAGGUUUUUUAUUACAGACAGAAAUACUCCAACACCCCUCCCCCUCAGACGAUCCCACAGGUGAAGAAGUCAGAUGCGGAGGUCCUCGGCUGGUGUGGUUACACGUGGUCUGUGGUUGUGAGGCCUGUAGGACGUACUGCCAUAUUUUCUAAAACACUGUUGGCGGAGGCUUAUGAAAGAGAAAUUAACAUUAAAUGAUCUGGCAACAGCUCUUGUGGACAUUCCUGCAGUCAGCAUGCCAAUUGUACGCUCCCUCAAAACUUGAGACAACUGUGACAUUGUGUUAUGUGACAAAACGGCACACUUUAGCCUUCUAUUGUCCUCAGCACAAGGUGCACCUGUGUAAUGAUCAUGCUGUUUAAUCAGCUUCUUGAUAUGCCACACCUGUCAGGUGGAUGUAUUAUCUUGGCAAAGGAGAAAUGCUCACAAACUGGGAUGUAAACAAAUUUGUGCACAAGAUUUGAGAGAAAGAAACUUUUUGUGCAUAUGGAAAUUUUCUGGGAUCUUUUAUUUCAGCUCAUGAAACAUGGGACCAACACAUUACAUGUUGCGUUUAUAUUUUUGUUUAAUAUAUAUUCUGAUUGUGUGCCUUUUUGUAGAUUUCUUUUUUAAAUGACGUUUUGCUUUUAUUCAAAGCAUAAAUGUUAUUUUAUUGCGUAUUUAACAGAACAGUAGGAUGACUAGAUUAUAUGUAAAAAUGUGCCCCAAAGACGCAAAAAAACUAAUCAAACUGCUGUAUUGCUGUAUCAGUGUUCUACUAUACAUGGAGGUAUUUAGCUGAAAUAAACACAAUUUAACCUGUU